AUCGCCGCCCCGCGUUCCUGCCUUGCAGCCCCGCCUUUCAGGUGCCACACGCCCUGACCCUGGGGCCGAGCGCUGCGUCGUCAUCCCCGCGGUGCAUCCAUCUCGAACUCGGUCAACAGGCGCCCCAAGAAUCCAAACACCAAACCACAAGAUCGCCACCACCACCGCCGUCACUAUACGAAACGAGAUCUUCCACCCACCGCACCACUGCCAGUCGGCCACACCGCCAAAAUGAACCGCCUCUUCGGGAGCACGGGUCCCAAACCGCCCAAAGCCACGCUCAACUCGGCCAUCUCCAACAUCGACACGCGCGUAUCCUCAAUCGACGUCAAGCUAGCAUCCAUCAACGCCGAACUGCAAGGCUACCAGACCAAGCUCGGCAAGAUGCGCGAGGGGCCCGGGAAGACGGCGCUGAAGCAGAAGGCGCUCAAGGUGCUGCAGCGGCGCAAGCAGUACGAGGCGCAGCGGGAGCAGCUGCAGUCGCAGGUGUGGAACAUGGAGCAGGCGCAGACGAUGCAGGACAACCUCAAGAACACCAUGGUGACCAUCGACGCCCUGCAGAGCACCAACAAGGCGCUCAAGAAGGAGUACGGCAAGGUCGACAUCGACAAGAUCGAGCGCCUGCAGGACGAGAUGGCCGACCUGCUCGACGUCGGCAACGAGAUCCAGGAGAGCCUCGCCCGGAGCUACGACGUGCCCGAGGACGUCGACGAGGACGAGCUCGACGCCGAGCUCGAGGCCCUCGGCCAGGAGGUCGAGCUCGAUCGGGAGCUGGCCGGGGCGGGGAUGGAGGGGGCGUUGCCGAGUUUCAUGCAGGACGAAGUACCCGAAUUCAUUGACGAGGCGCCGACAACGACGGGGCAGGUGAAGGAGGCUGCUGGCUGAGGGCAGUGGAAGCACGGAGAAGGAGAGAGAGGGAGAGAGAGCGGUUCGUUCGGGUUGUUAGCAUGGGAGAAGCGAUAUCAAAUUUCUUGACACAUAGUCUGGCGAACAAUUGGGAACGGCAUGGCGCAUGCGGG